CUGAACACAAACCAAAGAGAUUUUUAUAUCCUUCAUUCUCUUCCAACAUUUUCGAAUCUGAGCGUGGUUAUGGCUUUAGCUGUCACUUCUUCUUCAACUGCCAUCUCUGGAUCCAGUUUCUCGCGCUCUGGAGCUUCUUCUGAUCCUAAAGCACUCCAAAUCUGUUCGCUUAGGUUAUCUGAUAGAAUCCAUGUCUCUACUCUCUCCCAGACACGUUACUCUAUCAAAUCACAUUCACGCAACAACGAAUCUUUCCUUCCUCGUGCUUCAACCCUAGUCACUCCUGAAGUGGAAGAGAAAGAAGAAGAGGUUGAGGAUUUCGAGCAACUCGCGAAAAAAUUGGAAGAUGCAUCUCCACUUGAAGUCAUGGACAAAGCUCUCCAGAAAUUCGGAAGCAACAUCGCUAUUGCUUUCAGUGGCGCUGAAGAUGUUGCAUUGAUCGAAUACGCUCGUUUAACCGGAAGGCCCUUCAGGGUAUUCAGCUUAGACACGGGAAGAUUAAACCCUGAGACCUACCGCCUCUUCGACGCAGUGGAGAAGCAGUACGGGAUUCGAAUCGAGUACAUGUUCCCUGACGCGGUCGAAGUUCAAGCACUAGUGAGGAACAAAGGUUUGUUCUCUUUCUACGAAGAUGGUCACCAGGAGUGUUGCCGUGUGAGGAAAGUAAGACCUCUGCGCCGCGCUCUCAAGGGUCUCAAAGCCUGGAUCACAGGACAGAGGAAAGACCAGUCUCCAGGGACGAGAUCCGAGAUUCCGAUUGUUCAGGUUGAUCCCGUGUUUGAAGGGUUAGAUGGGGGUGUUGGGAGUCUUGUGAAGUGGAACCCUUUGGCUAAUGUUGAAGGUGUUGAUGUGUGGAACUUUUUGAGGACGAUGGAUGUUCCUGUGAAUGCAUUGCACGCGCAAGGGUAUGUUUCUAUUGGGUGUGAGCCGUGUACCAGGCCGGUGCUUCCUGGUCAGCACGAGAGGGAAGGAAGGUGGUGGUGGGAAGAUGCUAAAGCUAAAGAAUGUGGUUUGCAUAAAGGGAACAUCAAGGAGAAAGAUGGCGAUGCCACCGCGGAUUUGGCUCCUGUUAUUGUGAAGGAUAUAUUUGAAAGCGAGAAUGUGGUUGCGUUGAGCAGAGGAGGGAUUGAGAAUCUGGUUAAGCUAGGUAGCCGCAAAGAGCCGUGGCUGGUUGUGCUUUACGCUCCUUGGUGCCCGUUUUGCCAGGCGAUGGAAGCGUCUUAUGUGGAGUUGGCUGAGAAACUGGCGGUGAAAGGGGUUAAGGUGGCGAAGUUCCGUGCGGAUGGUGACCAGAAGGAGUUUGCUAAGCAAGAGCUUCAGUUAGGAAGCUUCCCGACAAUACUGCUGUUUCCGAAAAGCGCUCCACGGGCGAUUAAGUACCCGUCGGAGCAUAGGGAUGUUGAUUCUCUUAUGUCCUUUGUGAAUCUACUCCGAUGAGUUAUGAGAUUGGGAUCUAAACAGUGAUGAAGAUUCAAGAUAAUUGAGAUGAAGGAAUGAUUUCAUCUUCAGAUUGUGGAUCUAAAAGAAUAAACAAAAGCUUUUAUGUUCUAUAUGACUUUGUAUAUGGUAUUGUAGGGAGUUUAUAGACUCUUUUUGCUUUCUUGUCGUUAAAUGUGGUUUGUUCUUUUUGAGUUUUACUUGGGAAGGAAAGUGUUCGUGUAGUGGGAUGUUUUUGGUUAUGUUUUUCUAGAUAUGUGAAUCUACUACAGUUACAAACGUC